AUGGCUGGAAUCAAGGAUGAGAAAGCCGUCAAUGCUGCUCGGCGAGCCGGGGCGGAGAUUGAGACCAUAAAGAAAUCUGCUGCUGGCUCAAACAAAUCUGCCUCUUGGGGUAACAGUUUGAACACCAGGAAGCUUGACGAAGAGUCUGAGAACCUUACUCAUGACCGAGUACCAACUGAGCUGAAGAAAGCAAUUAUGCAAGCUCGAACGGAGAAGAAGCUUACUCAGACUCAGCUUGCUCAACUUAUUAAUAAGAAGCCUCAAGUUAUCCAGGAGUAUGAAUCUGGAAAAGCUAUUCCAAAUCAACAAAUAAUAACCAAACUUGAGAGAGCUCUUGGAGCAAAACUGCGUGGGAAGAAAUAAAUAGUAUCUAGAAAGUUAAAUAUUGAGUUCUAGAUAAGCCUUUGCUUGAACCAUGCGCAAAAAUUCAUACCCUACCAUGGUUUUAAGUGUAAUUAUAUUUGACCCUUUUCGUGUGCCUGUAUAAGUAUUGUUGCAGUGUCUUGGUAAGUUCUUACCUGGAAAUAAAUAAACAUCAUGCCUUUCAUGUUGCGUUAGUUACUUGAA